GCAGAGGACCCAAGUUUGGGUCUUAGAACCAACGUGGCAGCACAUAACCAUCUAUAAAUUCAGUUCCAGAAGAUCUGACAUCCUUUCUGGCCUCCACAGGAGAACCAUAAAAUGUCUAUCACUAAAGCAGCCGGAUCCCUGCGUAUCUCUAGGAUGGGGCGUGCACAAUGCUUGACUACUGAGAUGUACGAGCCAGGUGUGUUGAGGCAGAAGUGGGCACAGUUGUGUUCCAAGACGCUGCACAUGUGGACUGCUGCAAAGGAAGACAAAGAAGGCUUUCUUGGAGCCCCCAGGCAGACCCAGGUGCUCUUUGGGAUGAGGUCCUCGUCUGGAAAGCUAUCCUGGGCUAUGAAGGACACACCAUGUCCACACCCAUUCUUCUAUAAGGAGAACAUCUUUCCAACAGUCCUGAGGCUCAUGCGUGGAGAGGAAGUACUUAGGCUCUGAAUCUCGGAAGCUGGUGUUUGAACUAUUUAUUUUUCUCCAAGCCUCAGUUUCUACUUUUGUACUUGGGCACCACAAGAAUACCUGUCUGGGAAUACAGCUUUAGUAUUAAAUGGAACAAUGCACAG